AUGCAACCCCGUCGACAGGUUGACGAGCGAGAGCGUGGGAUUGUCGCGUCGAAAGAACGAAAGACUGCAAAGACCGCAGCUGACGACUGGAACAAGUGUUUUGCUCGAAACCGGCAGCUGGACUUGCUUGUCGAAAGCCGUGGGGUAGCCAGGGCCCUCGACGACUGUCGUAUGGGCUUCGUGCGCUUGUAA